UUUUAAAAAAUGUGUCAGAGGAGUAAGCGAUUAAUUUAACAAAUGAUAUAAUAUCAUCUAUAUUUUAUUUUAUAUUAUGGUGACAAGACAAGUUCGAGUAAGUAAGUAACGUCAAUGCUUCAAGUAUGAAGUAAACUCACCUCAGUCUGAUCAUAUAAAAAAAUUAAAGUUAAGGUCUUAGACUUUUAACUUUCAGUUUAAAUACAAGACAAUGGUCGUGGUCAGUGCUUAGUGAUGUGACUACUACUAGUUGUAAAUUGUAAUGAAAGAAUAUAUUUAAUUAUUUCAUUCUCAAGGCCGAUACUUUUGAAAGCUGUGUUAGAUACAUCUUUGCAAAGUGGCUGUGUAAAAUGCAGUGUACCUAGCAAAACCAUGGACAGAGGGCUUCAUACACUGUGGUAGUGUACCUAGCAAGAUUAUGGACCUGUGUUAGUGUGUACACCACAGUAAAAAAUUUUCCAUUCAGACCAUUGGCCUGGUCAUAAAAUAUGGCUGUUAAAUAUGAUCUUGUGUGGUCUUGUGGUAGAGUAAACACCAGUCAAUAUCAUUAGGGACCUCGGUAUCGACCGGAAAUACCUGAAAAACGGGUAUCGUAUUUUCGUUGUCAUUUUGGCGACCUCUACUUUUUAAUUUACUGAGGGUAUCGUUGUUUCGCGUUUCAUAAUCGAUAUUAAGCAUAAUAAUAUAAUUUUACUUCCGCCAAUUACUUAAAGCCGACAUCUUUCCUGUUAUAUUAAGAGUUCGUUUGAUUUUUUGGGUCAAGAUUAAAGCUUUGAAAAUUGAAGUUAAAAAUUGGUCAACUUCACUCAAGAAUAACUUAAUUUAAAAAAUGCGCUCUUAAAUAAAAAUACUCCGCUCUUUUAGUUUAUAUGUUCAUUUAAAACAUAUCCAAAAUUCAUGAGUGUAGACCAUGGGUGGGCUUCAAAAACGAAUUUCCAAGAUGUCAUUUUUUUAGGCUAUGUAAUUUGUCAUCAUGGCCACCGUGCUUGUCUGCUUAUUUCCAAUUAUCGAUAGCAGCCGUGGGGUAAUUAAUAAUUCAUUAAGUUGGUUAUCCAGAGUGUAAAUGGGAAAUAUAACUAAUAAUAAAUCAUUUUAUAUAAAUAAAAAAUGUUUUAUAACAUAAAUAAUUAUUAUUGGCUUAUUGAAUAUCAGUGAUUUUAAUUUUUGGGUUGGUUGCCAUGGACCUGGCUGACACUGACAUGGGAAUGAUAAGCUCUUGUCUUUGACUUAGAUAGUGAUAGGCUUAGUUAAAGUAUUAUAAUAGUAUUUAUACUAUUAUAAAUGAUUUAAGGAGUGGGAUAAAUAGCUUUUAUUACAACUAAUAUAUUUAUCAUUUAUAUUAGUUUAUAUAUUUAUAGAUAAAUAUUUAUUUGUAUAUAUAUAAUAUAUAUAAUGACCAUUAGGCAUUAGGCUAGAGGCCUUGUAUACAUAUAAUAUAGUAUAAUACAAAGUAUACUAUAUCAGGGUUAAGGCCUAGACCCAACCCAACUAAUUUGUAGGGCCUAUUAUAAUAAAUUAUAUUUAAUGAUAUUUUAGGAUAUGUAAUAAAAUUUUAAUGAAUAUUGUGAUUCUUACUUAAGGCAUAAACUAAGUAAAACAUUUUGAAAUAUUCACUUACCUUUGGUAUUGAAAUAUCCUAUAUUUAAUCACAUAUCACAAUAUUCCACAAGAGAAUUAUUAUAUAAUCCUCGGUUUCUCAAAGAAAAAACACACUUUCUGGCACUACAAUCCAAGAAUUACUUAAGAUAUAAUAACCUGUACUUACCUCUAGUAAAUGACUAGAACUUAUUUUAUUAACAGCUAAAGUCAAAGUUGAUUCUAAUAAUACAUGUGGAUUUGUAAAACAAGAUUACAAACUUAAAAUAAAUGACAUGCUGAUUGUUUUGUCAUACUCAUAGGAAUAAUAUAAUAUAUAGUAUACAUAUGUAGAAAAUGGUAAAAUAAAAAGUGUAAUUGUCAAUUUUAAAUAAAUAAAACAAAUAAUCCCUUUAUUAUUUGUUUAUGCUUAUAAAUGCUAAACAAUUCCACAGAAAAUCUGCAAUUAAUAUCUAAAGAAUAUUAUUAUUAUUAUGAUUGUUGGGAAAUUAAAAACAAAAUUAAAACAAAAUUUUAAUUAAUUAAUUACAAAUAAGUGAUGAGUCAGCAUUUUUAUACAUUUUUAAUAGGCAAAUAAUAAAGUUUUUUUUUUUAAUAUUUGCGGCACAUUAACAAAAACUAAUGUAUAUUUUGUGGCUUUAUUUAGAAGUACUCUUAUUUAACUAUGUUCCCUGUAAAUAUUAUAUUUUUGUCUCAUUUUAUAAUAAAGUUAUAGGCGUUAAAAAAAAAGCAAAAUGAGGGUCACAAAUGUGGAGGAAAAUCCCUUAGUAAAAAAGUGGUUUUGAGGUCCCUACUAAAAAAUUCAUAACUUUUGAACCACUUGAGCUAGAAAGUUGAUCUUGGUGUUUUUGUAAUCUAUUCUCCAGGCUCUAUACAGCUGUAGUAUUUUUAUAUUUUUAAAAAUGUUUUGAAAUUUUCAUCAAAGUGGCUAAUAUCAUAUUUUGCGAUAAAUUCAAGUUUUACAAGAUCUGUCUUUUUCAUCUCAAUUAAAUUAUAAUUAAAUUAUUAUGUUCAGUUGUAACAGUAAUAGUAAUAUUAUUCAAAUUUUAAAAUAUUUUUUAGCAUUUUAAAUAUUUAAAUGUAAGUUAUAUUCCAAUUUUUAAGUGUUUGAAUUUGAACAAGAUGUGCUGGUCUUAAAACUCAUAAUCAUAAGCCGUUAAAUGGCAUUAAGAUUAACGAUCCCUUUGGCUCUCAAAAGUGUUUUAUAGUGAAAUUAUUAGCACAAACUCUUAGGACCAAAGCAAAAGUAUUUGCAAUGGUAUGCUAUUCCCAAGUUCAGCUAAUAUGAUAAUCAUACUCAAUAAUUUGAAAGAUGAAGACAUAGUUACAGUGAAAAUAAGGAGAAAUGGGACAGGAUUCGCGCUAAAUUCAAGGGGUUUUUAUAAAGAAAUUGAUACAUGCAAGGGUUAGUUAAUGGCAGAAGCAUCGCUUGAGCCCUGCAACACCUCUGACUGCAGGGGACCUUGAAUAUUUAAGGGGACCAAAAUUGUUAUGCAGAACAAAUUUAAACUAUCAACUACAGGGGGCAUAAAACCAAAAAGUGGCAGGGGGGCCUACACAAGUCACACAACGGCCUGGAUAUGUGUUGUCCAUAAAGGACCUCUGAAUAAUUAAUACAACUUUUCUUAUUCCUAAACCCCCCCCCCCCCCACAAUGGGGGGGUGCUGAUGUACACAGGCGCUUACAGCAAUUUAAUAGUGUGAAAUGCCAGGAAAUUUUAAAUAUAAUAACAAUGUUAAAGAGCACAGAGUCACUAGAUUAAAAUUUUUGUGGCAGUGGAGAGUCAUGGUUUUAAAAAAACAUAGUGUAGCGCCUAAAGCAAUUUAAGGAAAUUUGCCCUGGCCCAAUGAGGAAUGUGACCUCGGGGUCAGGGCUUGGGUAUCAGUUACCCGGCAGAUGACCAGCCUCUCUCUGUUGCUCUGAAUACUUAAAUAUUGGGAAUCACUAUGUGUGCUUUAAUUUUAAGCUCAGUAAUUUAUUUCUUGGAAACCCUAGUGUAUCAUGCUAUGAAUUAUAUCUAGUUGGAAAGGUUGUUUUAUUCACUACACCUUAGUAUAUUUACAGUAUAGGAUAUUUUAAUAUUAAGUAAUUAAGUGCCCAGGGUUUGUCAUUUUUCCACAGAAAAUCUGCUAGAAGACAAGUGGUGGAGCUUCUUGGUCUGUGCGUGAUGCACAUGCUCUCUUGUAUGUUUGUGCGCUACUUUUUAUGGGGCUCACACUAAGGAUUUGUUUGAUUUGAGGUUUUAACAGCAUCCCUGAAGUGUAUCACUGUGCACCGCGGCCCAUUUGGAUGCUCUAUAUUGUCCUUUUUCCUAGGCUCUUUUUCUUCAGCCCUUUUUCUUUGGACUUUUUCUUUACUUUUUCUUCAUAGCAGACUUUUUCUUUAGCUGUUUCUUUAGAGUUAGAGUUUGUAAUACAUUUAUAAUAAAGCUAUAGUUCACAAGAAGUGAAUUUGUCUAGUGCAUAUUAGUAAAACUGUCAGCCUCGGUCCACCAUCACCAAACACACCCACCUUGCUACAGUUUUUGGCAUAACUAGCAGGAUUUUAAAAGUGUGUCACUCACACACGUACACCACCCUGCAGUAGCCAUCCCUCAUCAUACUACUACGUUUAUAAAUCAGUAUGAUAUGGGUCCAUCCAUUAUGUACUCAUUUGGUGCAAGUGGAGGGGUUGUUGAUUUUUUAUUUUUUGCAUACUUGUGGAUGGGGGGGGGGGAGAAUGGUGGGGGCGGGUUUGCAGAAAGAAUGUACAUUUAAUUGUUAAUAAUUAACCUGAAUAAUAAUACAUCUAAUAAAGCCAACUGUCCUAAAAAUCUGUGAAAUCAAUGAUAUUUAAUUAUUUUUAAAAGUCUUUUAAAAACACUGCAUUUUUAUCUUCAUAUUACUGUUGCUUUGUGUUUACAAUAGCUUGAUAUCACAAUAGUAAUGGUUAGCCUCUCACAACUUUAACGUCAAGUCCACUGUACAUAAUUAUGUGCGUGUGAUGUAUUUGUGAUGUAAUUAUUUCAUUGGCCCUAACCUAAUAGAUACAAUGGCAAAAAAAAGGUGUUAAGACCCACAGGUCAGACCUCUUUUCUAACCCCCUUAUCCCAUGCCACUGUCACAGAGACUAUUAUAAUGUCCUCCUAUAAUUUACACAUUGCCUCUGUGGGGGAUGCCACAAGUUAGGAUAUAAAAUGCGUUUUACUUAUGAAGCAGCCAGAUAAAACCAAUAAAAUGCUAAAAAUGCUUUGCUCUUUACAAGUACCUUGCAACAAAGGUGUCAAUCUUACUCAAUAUAUUCCCCUCAAAAACCAAGAAAUGCAAAUUAAAAAGUCUUAGCAAAAACAAAAUUUACAAUGAUAGGAACGUCGUUCCCAUGCAUUCCUGCAGGACUCAAGCCUUAUGCACAAUAAAAAUUCAUUUACUAGUUUUGUUUAAUCUUAAUUAAAUCAUUUUUUUUAAUGAGUUCGUUUUAACAAGAGAAUAACAUUAAUUUUACAAGUACUGGUUAGGCAAAAGAGUUAAAGCCUGGCUAAGACCAUCCUUUUGCUGUGUGUAUUAUACUGCUGUGGUGUAUGCAGGCCAAAGCCAAUGAUUUUUCUAGGUACACUGCCAUGGCCAUAUUUUUAAGUUUUGUUUUGUCAGUAUACGUUAUAAAUUAAUAUAAAUGUUAUUAGAUUUUUCUGCCCCUUACAUGAAAAAAACAGUGCAGAUGGCAGAAAAUGCUGUCCCUCCCAUAUAAAGAAAAAAGAGCCACAUUGGUGAACCACCCCUCCUACCAUCCCUUCCUAUGCCCGUGAAUGUUGGCAUUUAUAUUAUUACUGUACUACUAUUAGUAGGCUAUAUAAUUUUAGGAGGGCCGGGCCCAACAAUUGCAGGGCCCUUUGUGAAACGGAUUGCGCAGGGCCCAGUCUGAGUAGGGAUAAGGAUAAUAAGUGAAAAUUAAGAUUUUGUAUUAGAAAAAAAGUGUGGGGCCCACUGCGGCCGCAUAGGUUGCAGUGGCCUAAGGCCGGCCCUGAAUUUUAGUCCAUCCAGUGCAUUUUAAGAUUAACUAAAAAUAAUAUAUCAUGAACCUACUCUAGCAAGACUAUUAAUAGUAACAUAUCUUUAAAAAAUAUACUAGUUAUAAAAUAGAUAGUGAGCUACACUACAAUAUUAAAUAUUAAUGAAUUUAUUAUUUUUUUCUAGAAAUUUUAGCAUCAGAAUAACAUAUAUGAGUCAAGAAAGGUACCUUACUGAUGGCAUCACCUGCGAAAAAGGAUGACAGAAAUUACUCUCUUAGUAAUUCUGUGUCUCCAACACCCCCAAAAAGCUCAAGAACUCGUAAGAGUACCCGUAAUUCAGUUUUUCCUUUCUCUCCAAAUGUAUCACUUGAUGCAUUGAGCAUCACUACAGUCAGUAGUCACAGUGAAGCUAACAAAAGGUAUGCUAUUCUGUCAAACAUGUAUCCAUCUUGUUCUCUUGUCACCAGUCACUCAGAUGUUAAACAUUUUAAUAUUUUAAUGUAAAAUAAAUUUGUUACAUUUAAAUUGAAUGUGCUGUAAAAUAGUGUAGAUCAUGGACUUAUUGAGUUUUUUUAUGUGCACAUAUCAAUGGCCUUUAAUGGUUCCUUCAUAUUGCAUGAUGUUGAUCAGAAAACGAAAGCACAGUCGCUGGUUCCAUUUGAAACGACGUCUUUUAAGAAGAGGGGUUGUGCCAGUCAACAAUAGUCAUCCACAUUUCCAGCUUCUGUCAUGCAUCAGAGAAGGGAUCAGAAAAUUAAAUGACAGCAAUCCUAUGUUGCUGACCAAGGUAUAUGAGAGUUGUCAAAAUUAAUUAAUAAAACUUUUGUAGAUAGGCCUACUUCUCAAAUAAUACAUUUAGAAAAAGAGAGCAUAUAUAAGAUACAAGUUAUAAUUUAAGUUCAUUUUGAUUUUCUUUUUUUGCUUAAACUUAAGUUAAACCCAAUCCUUUUUGUCUGUUAAGAAUUAUUCAGAUUAAAAUAUUUAUUUGCAGUCAGUUUUAACGAAUUCAGAUUUUGAAGAUGUAAAAAAGAUUAAAGCCAAUUUUGACGGUCAGGUAGGUUGGGUAUAGACUGACUAUUUCAUUAAUUUGUUAUGUAUAGAUUUAACGAGUAAAUAAUACCAAAGUACAGCUGCUAUUUUUUUUUCUAAAAACCUGCAAGACUGUAUAAUUUAUGUACACAAAUUUGUUUCUAAUAUGUAAAUUAGUCAUGAUCAGUAAUAAAAGAAGGCUUCUGACAUUCUUUCUUGAAUUUUCAUACAGUAACAAAAAUCAAAAUCUCUAAAAAUACUUUGUUUUGAUUUUUUUAAAUCAGGAUUUUGAGUUUGAGAGUUAUUCUAGUUCAGCAUUUGCAGCCAUUCGUAUGGGUAUUGGCAUUGAAGAACAGGAAUUCUUAAACUCUAUAGCUCCUAUUAACCUGCCUUACUUUGAAUUUAUCAGCAACUCAAAAAGUGGGCAAGAUUUUUUUCUAAGGUAACUAAAUUAAUAAAUCUUGGUUCACAAAUCUUUCUUACAGUACAUUCAUUUACACAUAAUUUCUUAUCUAUGUGUGUGGUCUAAUCAAGGAUAAACCCAUUUUGAAAUUCAAAAUAUUAAAUAUUUAUUUUGUAUUUUAUUUUACAUAAAAAGUAUUGUCAAGUAGAACCUAAUUUAUAUUUUGAAAAAAAAAAUUUUUUUAAGAAUAAAUAUAUCUUUUAUUAUUUUUAUCUUCACUGAAGAUUUAUUUUAAAUUUGAUCAUCAUAUAAAAUUUAUAUUCAAGUUUAACACAGGAGCCUGAGUGGGAAAAACAAAAGAAAAAUGUUUUGUCCCCUAAGCCUUCUAACUAAUGAAUUUUUAAAUUUUUAUUUCCACAGUCAUGACAUGCAAUAUAUGUUCAAGUCCAAUAGAAAAAGAGAUGUUAUGUUUUUUUUGUCAGUUUUGAGGUAAAUCUUUUGAUUAAAGAAAUAUUACAUUUUUUCUUUUUAUUCUCCACACAACUAUUAAAGAUUUAUAUAUUAUAUUUCUUGAAACCUCAUUCUGCAUCAUUUAUAAUGUCCCAAAAAUAUUGAGGAGGUUAAUGAAAUAUGGGGUAGCUGGAUAAUGUCAACUAAAACAUAUUUUAAAGAAAUUAUAGUUAAAUAAUUAGAUUGUUACAGUAGUUCUUAUAGUUUGGGAAUAUAAUGCAUAGUACUGGUAUUCAAAUCUUAUUUUUUAGUAUUUAAAACAAACAGAACCAAAUACCACUUCAUGGGUUCUGAAUUAAAUUAACUACUCAACUUCUGCACUUAUGCAAUGAAUUAUGUUAGUUAUAUAUAAAUAGUCACAUUUAGGACCUAAUUCAAACUGCAGAUGUAGUAAUACUAAUAAAAAAUUUGACAUUGACUGAGGGGGGUCAGUUGAAUCAGUAACGUUGCACUUGCACCUUAUCUAAAAAGCUAUUGGGUUAGUCUCAUAAUAUUCAAAACAAUGAAAAGCUAGAAAACUUUAUCAUAUAGGUAUUGUUUCAGCAUUUAGAAUCAUCUUGUGUUUUUUGUUAUCACUUGAUAGAUUUGAAAAAUAUAAUAUAAUAUCUUUUUCUUGCAACUAAGAUUCAAUGUUUUAGCAUAAAAAUUUAUGGUUGACUAUCUUUUGUCCUAGUGACUACAUGCAGCAUUUCAUUGCUUAUCCACACUCUCUGUUGGUCAAAUACAUUGGUUGCUUUGCCAUAAAGUUGAAAGGGAAACGCAAGAAAUAUUUCCUGGUCAUGCAGAGCAUAUUCUACCCAUCAGAGAGGAUAGAGGAGAGAUAUGACAUUAAAGGUUGCACAGCCGGGAGACAUCAAAAUGUAGGUAGAGACAUUUAUAUCUUUAGCUUCACCUCCAUGCACUAAUAACUUUAAUUUUACAGAAAGAUAAAUUAUAGGUUAACAACCUAACUACAUACCAGUAUAUCAUGUUGCGCAGCCCUGCGCCCCCCCCCCCCCAAAUCAUUUUUUUUCCUCCUGUUUGUUUUGUUGUUUGGUUUUUUUCUUUUUAAUUUUACAAAAAGAAAAAUUAAAGGUUAACAACCUAACUACCUACCAGUAUAUCAUGUUGCGCAGCCCUGCGCCCCCCCCCCCCCAAAUCAUAUUUUUUCCUCCUGUUUGUUUUGCUGCUUGGUUUUUUUCUUAUCAUAACACUCGGAAGGCAAAAGCUUAAAUUUUAAAAGUUUGUUUACUUUAGUAGAGUCGUUGAAAAAUGUUAAUUGUGGACGUCCAUAGUUUUGAAAAUUAAUAUUUGUAAAAAUUUGAAAUAUAAUUUAUUAAGGAAGUGAUCUACCUAAGCACAUUGAAUGAGAAACAUACCAUGUCACUGAAUCUAUAACGCAGAUUAAACCACAAAAAUCUGGUCACUUCUACCUUGUGUUAUCCAUGUUUAAGACUGGAGAAGAAAUUUUUUUUUCCAGAAACGCAUAAUAAAAUUAAUACAAGAUCAUUUUAGCCUAAUCCAAACUCAAUUUGUUAAUACUUUUGAUUUUUUUUUAGCCAAAUGAAGAAGGUUCAACCAUUAUAACUGUGUUGAAAGAUCAGAAUUUCUUAAAUGAAAUGCUGGAUUUCGGUAAAUAUGAAUUUCAAAGUUAAAUGAAUUUUUUUAUUUAACUUGCUGGUAAAUUAGGCACUAUCAUAACUCUUAGCUAUUUAUCUUAAAGGCUGAAUUAAAAAGAUAUUUCUGGGUAUCAGGUGGGAUCUGAUAAAGAAUGGCAAAAUUUAAUAUUCUAAAUUGUUUGAGAUGUACUCAAAUAAAGCUGAUAUAAAUUAUAGGUUUUGGACAGUCUAAAAAACAAAUUAUCCCACCAAAGAAAUAUUUAAGAAAUUAAAGACACAUAGCCAAUGUAAGUAGUUAAAAAAAUUCAAACACAACUCAUACUUUAAAGGAAAUAUGCACCAUUGAUAUUGGAUGCAUAUUUUAAUAGGUGAUCAGGGAGAUUGGUUCAUAGAGCAGAUCAAAGCGGAUUCUCAAUUCUUGUGUGGUCUGAACUGUAUGGAUUACAGCUUGCUGAUAGGACGACAGAUGAAACAUCUGGAUGAAAAGGGGGUGGAACCAGUAUCAACAAUAGUGGAACGGAUAGGAAAGUAAGAAAAUUGGAAUUAAGUAUUGCCCAUUCUAUAGAUAAGAAUGACAGUGUAAAUUUUUGUCUUUGCGAUUAAAUAAUUCUUUUACCCAGUAACCUCUUCCUUAAAUCUAAUAUACAUCAUAAAGCACUUAAUCAAAAUAGGGCAUUGCACUACCAUACAGAUUAUGACUUGUCAUGUUGGAUUUAGCAAUCCUCUGUUUCAAUAGUAUCAUAUCAGGGCAUCUAAUUUAGAAUCCUCCAUAUCUCUUAUGUUUACCAUAGUGUAAAUAUAACAUUAACAUCUUUUCUCUGAAUGCACAAAUGCAUAUAAUCGGUCUCCCAUUUUUAACUUUUUUUUACUGGGAGUAAUCACACAAACACUAAUUAUACUUUUUCAUCUGCCAUUCAUUUCCAGUUUGCAAGCAUGGUGGUAGAUUAACACAUGAUGCCUUGGGGAAAGAGUUUUCAUAAAGAAAAUUAUCAACACUAUUUUUAAUAAACUUAGAUAAAUAUGGGUCAAAAUAAUUUUCUCUGGCUCAGAAUAUGGGUAUGAGAGUGAGCAAGUUAAAUAUAUUCAUAGCAUUACAAUUACAACAAAUCAAGGUAAUUUGUACAUGUGCUUUGAUUACAAAAUUCUUGGUAAAUAAAUUAAAUAAAGUUAUUGGAGAAAAAACAAAUGUGUGUUUUUUCUGCAGUGUAGGCCUAUGUUUAAAAAGUGACCCUAUGACAUUGACCUUUAUAACCUUGAUAUAACAUAUUUUAAUAUUUUAUUCAGUCAUGAAAUUAAUAGUCAUAGAAAUGCUAUGCUGUCUUCAAAUAUAAAAAAGCUAUAGAUAGUAAUAAAAUAUUACCCCUAAAAUUGUAAAAUUGCAGUUCACACUCUAAUAUUAUAAUAAUUUAUGAACGCUCAAGGCUGUGGUCUGUGUAACAACUGAUUUUAUUGUCAAUUCUACAUUUUUUUAAUACACAACAUAAUAUGACCACUCACUCCAGUUAUCCAACAAAUAUUCACAUAUUUAAGCUGAGAAAUUCAUGAAAGCAACCCACAAAUUCCAGUCAAUCAACAUUGCAACUACACAGGACAAUCAGGUCACUAAGUUCAGUCAGUACACAUGAUAACAAUAUUGAUGUGUAAAACCGUCACUCUCACUCUUAAACAUAACACAAAUCUACUCAGUGAAAAAAUCUUCAUAGCUGGGAUUAAAAACAGUGUGUAUCAAAAGGCUUAAAUUUAAAAAUAAUUUGAAUAGAGUUUUUGUUUUAUUUAAAGCAAUUAACUAUUGAACACAAAAAUCCAAACUUGUUUGUAUCCUAUCUAGUCAUUGUUAGAAUAGAUUAAUAUUUUAAAAAUUAGAUUUUUAGAAAAUUAUCAAAUGAUACAUAAUUUUACUUGCAGACACAUAUUAUUUUCUCUGUUAUCUGGGAAAACUGAAGUACAUAACUAAAUACUUAUAAAGGAGUCAUUUAUUAAACUUUUCUCAAAAGGGCUGCAUGGUUUAAUUUUUCUGCAAUUAAAAGCAUAUGUUUGUAAGCUCAAUAUACAAUGGCUACUGAAGUUUUUAAUUUUAUUAUCCUUUUGUCCUAAAAGUUAUAAAAAGCUACAUGGGCUAGAGACUAAUUUUGUAACAAGUGCUGAUGACAUUGACUGCUAAAAAUGAAUGGCAAGAUAACAUAAUUUACUUUCUAUUUAAUUAAACAGCAAAUGAAUUGGAACAAGAGAAUAAAAAAUGUCUGGAAGAAGCACAGAGGUUCUGAAUAUUUUUUUUAAUAUUGACUUACCGGUAGUUACUUUUUAAAAAAAUAUAUUUUGAGAAAUGUUAAAUUUUUGGCAUCAAAUUUUAGGUCGAUCUCUCCAACAAAAAAAAUCAAAUCUAUGAAAGAAGACUCUGUUGAUCCACCUGCCCAGGGUACCAGUGAUGUGAACUAUGCAGUGAGCUACCAUGCUUCUAGUCCUGAAACAGUGUCUGAGAUACAUUCUGACAAUAAAACCCUUUCAUUGCCACAGUAUAGAACUGGAAUCAUGUUUCCUCGUAGCUUGGCAGAUGGUGUGGAGAAUUUCCAUAAAGAACACAGAAGACUUUUGCCAAAUUGUAAAAAUGGUUUACAUAUAAUGGAUGGUAAAGAAUACAGGUACUAUGUUGGUGUGGUGGAUUUUCUGACACGGUUUGACUGGAGGCAGAAGACAGCUCAGUUCUGGAAAAUAGUUAAGUACAAGUGCGGGGAUCAUUCGACUAAAAAUCCUAAAUUUUACAGUCAGCGUUUUGUAAACUUUUUAAGCAAUCAUGUUCUGUAACAUCAGUGAUAUUUACAAGGGUGUCAGGGCCCCUGUAUGAGUUUAGAAAUAUAAAAUGUCUAUCAACUCAAUAGUCCUGAAAUAGGCCUAGAGUGAAUUAAUUGUUAUAAAAUUAUGUUGAUGGAAAUAUGUUAUUGUUGUUCUAAGAUAAAGAUUCUGUGAUAAUUUUUCUGUAUCAAUUUUGUAACUUCUUGUGUGAAACUAAAGAUUUUGCCUCAGUGGGUUGUAGCCUGCAAUAUAUGGAUGACUUCUAAUCCUUGUCUUAAAAAUCUUCUUUACUCAUUGUGAGUCUUUACAAUAAUAUUAAUUUUUGCACAAUUUUAAAUAAGUUUUAUAUAUUUUUAAAGAUUAUAUUAUAUUUUGAAACUUGGAAAAAUGAAGUUAGAAAAUUGAAGAAAAUAUGUGGAAAUUUAAAAAAAAAUAAUAUGGAGUUACAGUGUUACUAUGUUGGUGUCAUUUGCAUGCAUAGGGGUAAAUUAACACAUUAAUUUUUUUUUAAAUCAAUUAAAGAAGAACCAUUGAAAAAAUAUCAAGUUGUAUCUCAAUUAUCUCUUUUUUAAUACCGGUACUUCAUUUGUUUUGUUACUAAAAAAAAAAACCUUUACCAAAGAUAUAAUAAAUUGUAAAAUGUAUGUUAAUUAUUUUUUUAAGAAGUAGUUUCAUUUUAAAUGUAAUUUUUAAAUUUUAAUUAAUCUAAUUGAUAUGAAUCGAAUAAAGAUGAUGAGAGGGCAUGCUCUACAAUAUAAAUUUAUUAACAAAUGAAUCAUUGCUAAUUGAAUUUGAGAUGUUUCAUUAACAUUUUUAUUGUAAAAUGUCUUUUUCUUAUUAUAGUGACAUUUUUACAGAAAAAUUUAUGUUUCUUUUACCUGUUUGAUAUUGUUAUUUAUUUAAUUACAGUGAGCUCUCUAACAUUAUUCUUAACUUACUGGACAGGAAAUAUCUUUCAAAAAUAGCUAUUCACAUAAAUAAAAGAGCUUAGCCUUAUUGUGCCUCAUUUUUUCAAUGUAAUAAAUUUACAUAUGAAGAUGAAUAUGAUCUGAAAUAUUUUGAGAACCAUUGCAUUUCUAGUACACAUAUUUACUUUUAGGUUCAACUCUCCAGUUAUGCAAUUUAUCUUGCCAUGCCUGAAAAACUCAUGAAUCUUUUUUUUAAAGUAUAUAAGUUAUUCUUUUUUCUAUAAAGAAUUAUUAUUGGUGCUUUAUUUCAGCAGAUAUUCUGCAUAACAGCAUAGGUUAUUAUAAUUUUAUUGAUAAUAUGAAUCUCUUUUAAAUAUUUAAUAUGUGCCUUUAAAUUUUGUGUUAGCUAAGGCAUUCUUGCCCUAAGUCUAUAGAUUUUCUUUAUGUUCCAUUUUGUUAAUCAUGUUACCUCUGACUCAAUAGGUACUACAAUAUGUUUUUUUUUAAAAAGGAUUUAUUAUUUCAUACCCAG